UUGACUGGGGCGUCUCUUGAUUGUUCAACGUUACCGAGUGAGGGAGAGUGUAAACAAAUGCAGAAUAGGCUUCUGCAAUCUGCAUUUCCAGGCCAGACCAGACGGCCAAAAGCUGCAAAUUUUCUUUUCUUUCAUUUUCUGCCUUGAUUUUUCAAGAAAAUCAUCCAGCAAGAGGAGGCUCUAUGGAUGAAUCAUUUUUUUCAGGUACAUUGUUGGAAGUUGAAUCAGACCUGUGCCAUUAGCUCAAAUACUGAUUUUGUGAAUGCCUUGGAUUCAGGCAUAAACACUUAUGCAGUUUGAUUGCAUAACUCAAUGAGAGUUUGGGUUCUGUAUCUGUAGAUUUUCCCUUGUAAUAAGAUGGCAAAGGAUGUUAUUAUUAGUGCAUCAUUUGUACCAAUAUCUGAGAUGCUUUCUCAGGUAGCCCUCUCCAUAUUUGAAACAGUACAUGCAGCCAAAGAAGUCCUUGUUCAGAAGGAAAAUAUCAAGAAGUUCUCAACUUACUUGGAGAAGACUGCAUGUGUGUUGAAAGAGUUGUCAAGGUUAAACCUAGACUAUUCUGAGAGCUUUAAAAAUGCCGUAGAGAUUCUGAAACGAGAGUCCAAAAUUGCUGAGCAGUUGGUUCUUGAAUGCAAGAACAAAAAUAAGGUCUAUCUGUUCCUGAAUUGCAAGAGAAUCAUUAAGCGUUUAGAGAAUAACACAAAAGAGAUUAGUUGGGCUUUAAGCCUCAUACCUGUAGCCUCUUUAGAUCUUUCUGUGGGCAUAAGUGAUGAAAUUAGCAAGUUGUGCAAGAAUAUGCUGGGUGCUGAGUAUCGAGCAGCAGUAGCGGAGCAAGAAAUUUUGGAAAAGAUCGUCUCAGCAACACAGGAAUGCAAUGCUAAUCGAUCUCGUGCAAAUGAUUUGUUGUUUCAUAUUGCUGAGGCUGUUGGGAUCUCUACUGAGCAGUCAUCUUUUGAGAAGGAAUUUAAAGAAUUUAAGAACGAAAUAGAAGAUGCAAAGCUAAGAAAAGACAUGACAGAAGCUGUACAGAUGGAGCAGAUCAUUGCAUUCCUUGAAAAUGCUGAUGCCAUCAAAUCUCAUGAGGAGAGAGAGAAGAAGUACUUUAACAAACGAAAUUCUCUGGGCCGGCAGCCAUUACAACCUCUGCAAUCAUUUUAUUGUCCAAUUACUCAGGAUGUAAUGGUUGAUCCUGUGGAAAUUUCAUCUGGUAAAACAUUUGAGAGAGCUGCAAUAGAGAAGUGGUUUGCAGAAGGGCACAACAGCUGUCCCUUGACCCAAAUUUCCCUUGACAAUUUGUUUUUACGGCCUAACAAACCACUUCAAAAACUAAUUGAAGAAUGGAGGGACAGAAACAAUUUGAUUACCAUUGUUUCCCUUAAGCCCACACUUCAGUCGACAGAGGAGCAUACAGUGCUACAAUCGCUGGACAAGCUGCAGGGUCUACUGGUGGAACGAGAGUUGCACCGAGAAUGGGUGACAAUGGAGGACUAUAUACCAGUUCUUAUUGAACUUCUUAGUGCAAAAAAUCGUGAAAUAAGAACUUGCACGCUGACCAUUCUUUGCAUCCUUGCUAAGGACAGUGAAGACAACAAGAAAGCAAUUGCUAAAGUUGAUCAUGCGCUUGAAUUGAUUGUCCGUUCACUUGCCCGCCAGAUUGCUGAAAGUAAGUUAGCUUUGCAGUUGUUAUUAGAUCUAUCAAGGCAUCAUCUGGUGAAAACUGGCAUUGGAAAUAUCCAGAGCUGCAUAUUUCUCUUAGUAACUGCAUCAAACAGCAAUGACAAUCAAGCUGCCAAAAAUGCAGAAGAGCUUUUAGACAAUCUGUCUUUUUGCAAUCAAAAUGUUAUAGAGAUGGCAAAGGCAAACUAUUUUAAACCAUUACUGCAACUUCUUUCCUCAGGGGAAGAAGAUAUUAGGAUAAUGAUGGCAAAGACACUGUCAGAGAUUGAGUUGACCGACCACAAUAAGGUGUCUUUAUUUAAAGAUGGGGCAUUGGAGCCACUUCUUCAACUGCUCACACAUGAUGAUUUAAAAGUAAAAAAGGUGGCUAUUGACGCUAUACACAACCUUUCAGAUGUACCACAAAAUGGCCUCCAGUUGAUCAGAGAAGGUGCAGUAGGACCACUGUUUGAACUUCUUUAUCGUCACAGCUUAUUGUCACCAAGUUUGCGUGAACAGGUUGCUGCCACAAUUAUGCACCUUGCCAUAUCGACUGCGGCUCAAGUAGCUGAUAGCAAGCAGGUCUUAUUGCUGGAAUCUGAGGAAGAUAUUUUUAAACUCUUCUCACUUAUUUCCUUGACAGGUCCUAACAUUCAAAAAAGCAUUCUCCAAACUUUUCUUGCAGUGUGCCACUCUCCUUCAAGUGUAGAAAUAAGGGAAAAACUGAGAAAGCUCUCUGCCCUCCAAGUACUGGUUCAAUUAUGUGAGCAAGAUAACGAAAUUGUACGGGGAAAUGCUGUGAAGCUGUUCUGUUGCUUGACACAAGAUGGUGAUGAAAACACCUUAUUGGAGCAUGUGGGUCAGAGAUGCAUUGAGAGAUUGCUCAGGAUCAUUACAACUUCCAACGAUCUGGAAGAGAUUGCUGCAGCCAUGGGCAUUAUCUCUAAUCUCCCUAAGGACCCAGAGAUAACUCUCUGGCUUCUAGAUGCUGGAGCACUUGAGAUCAUUUCUACUUGCCUCACUCAUGAAGGCAGAAAUGCCUCAUACAGAAUGCAAAUAACAGAAAAUGCUGCUGCAGCUCUCUGUCGUUUCAUUGCUCCAUCAAAUUUAGAAUGGCAGAAGAGAGUAGCAGAAAUUGGCAUUAUUCCAGUACUAGUAGAGUUGCUAGUUUCUGGAACCACUUUGACCAAACAAAAUGCAGCCAUUUCACUUAAACAAUUUUCUGAAAGUUCCACUGCCUUGACCAAUCGAGUGAAAAAGCGAUGGCUUUCCUGGUUCUGCUUGGAAGCACCUGUAAAAUGCUGCCCUGUACACUUGGGCAUUUGCACAGUGGAAUCUUCCUUCUGCAUUUUAGAGGCCAAUGCUCUGGAACCUCUAGUAAGGAUGCUUGGAGAGGCAGAUCCUGGAGCCUGUGAAGCUUCUUUAGAUGCACUAUUAACAUUGAUGGAUGGUGAAAGACUGCAAUGUGGUAGCAAGGUGCUUGCUGAAGCAAAUGCCAUUGCUCCAAUUAUAAAAUUGUUGAGCUCGCCUUCUGCCAGCUUGCAGGAGAAGACGCUGAAGGCUUUAGAAAGGAUCUUUCGACUGGUAGAAUUCAAGCAAAAGUAUGGAACUUCUGCCCAGAUGCCCUUAGUUGACAUAACACAGAGAGGAAGUGGUGGCAUGAGAUCUCUAGCUGCUAAGGUACUUGCACAAUUGAAUUUGCUGACUGACCAAUCCUCAUACUUCUGAUUAUUAAUCAUCAUGAUUAAAUUUUAUGUACAAAUGAUUGAAGCUGUAAUGAUUAGUUAAUUUGCAACAAAUUUAUUUAUUACAACCAUUUUUUUUUCUCUAUUGCA